CACCGGGUCAUGAAGAGGUGCCCAUAGAUUUCACAACUCAUGUAUGCAGUGGUGCCGGCUGAAGUUCCCGGGGGAGAACAGUCGCUCAAUGCGGAGUUUGCCGGCGGGAUCUUCCUUCGUUGUAUCGCGGCCAGCGGCGGCAGCAUCACCUCCGCCAAGCUCCUCGGCGCCGUGAGAGCGGCCCCGUCCGCAUCGCAGACAAGAUGAACAUCCAGGUCCUGCCAGAACAUAAGCUCUCAUCGGUCGCCCCGCUCAAGCAGUGCAAUGUGGAGAAAAAAGAAGUGGAACUGAUCCUGGUCAAGGACCAGAAUGGGGUCCAGUACACCAGCUCCUCCAUCAUCCCCACCCCGAGCCCCCAGUCUGGUCCCCCCGCAACCGCGCCUGAGGACGAGCGGGAAACUUGGGGCAAGAAAAUAGACUUUCUCCUGUCGGUCAUUGGCUUUGCGGUGGACCUGGCCAACGUGUGGAGGUUCCCUUACCUGUGCUACAAAAACGGAGGAGGUGCCUUUCUGAUCCCUUACAUUCUGUUCUUGUUCAUUGCGGGGAUGCCGUUGUUCUACAUGGAACUUGCCUUGGGCCAGUACAACAGGGAAGGGGCAGCUACUGUCUGGAAAAUAUGCCCUAUCUUUAAAGGUGUGGGCUACACUGUGAUCAUCAUAGCCCUGUAUGUAGGCUUCUACUACAAUGUAAUCAUUGCCUGGUCCCUCCACUACCUGUUCUCCUCCAUGACAGCCGAGCUGCCUUGGCUCAACUGUGGUAACAGCUGGAACAGUGAAAACUGCACCGACCCCAAGUUCCUCAAUGGAUCCUUUUUGGGCAACGGGACAUCCUAUUCCAAGUACAAAAUUACGCCGGCGGCAGAAUACUAUGAGCGAGGUGUGUUGCAUCUUCAUAAGAGUAAGGGUAUCCAUGAUCUGGGCCUGCCGCGAUGGGAGCUGAGCUUGUGUCUGGUGGUGGUUGUAUUCAUUCUCUACUUUAGUCUGUGGAAGGGCGUCAAGUCAUCAGGAAAGGUGGUGUAUAUCACUGCCACCAUGCCCUAUGUGGUCCUGUUUGUGUUGCUGAUCCGAGGCAUCACUCUGCCUGGAGCUAUGGAUGGUAUCAGAGCCUACCUCCACAUUGAUCUUCAACAGCUCAAAAACUCAAAGGUGUGGAUUGACGCUGCCACCCAGAUCUUUUACUCGCUAGGAGCUGGAUUUGGCGUACUCAUUGCAUUUGCCAGUUACAAUAAAUUUGACAACAACUGCUACAGGGAUGCCCUUCUUACCAGUACAGUGAACUGUGUCACCAGUUUCUUCUCAGGGUUUGCCAUUUUCUCUGUGCUGGGAUACAUGGCUUACAAACAUGGAGUGAAAAUAGAAGAUGUUGCCACUGAGGGGGCAGGACUUGUGUUUAUUAUCUACCCAGAGGCCAUUUCAACAUUGCCAGGCUCAACAUUUUGGGCUAUUGUGUUCUUCAUCAUGUUGCUGACCUUGGGUAUUGACAGCUCAAUGGGUGGCAUGGAGGCGGUACUCACAGGCCUAACGGAUGACUUCAAGAUUCUCAAGAAGAAUAGGAAGAUCUUUACUUUUGCCACAGCAUUUGGGACAUUCCUGGUCGCCCUCUUCUGCAUUACUAAUGGUGGGAUCUAUGUGCUGACCCUGCUAGAUAACUAUGCAGCUGGGACUUCCAUACUGUUUGGUGUAUUGAUUGAGGCCAUAGGAGUGUCUUGGUUUUACGGUGUGGACCGCUUCAGCCAGGAUAUCGAGCGCAUGAUGGGCUUCAAGCCAGGGCUCUACUGGAGGCUGUGCUGGAAAUUUGUCAGCCCAACUUUUCUGCUGUUUGUGGUGAUUGCCAGCAUUGUGACCUCCACAGGCUUGAGAUAUGAUGAAUACGUCUUCCCUCAGUGGUCCAAUGUCUUGGGCUGGGGCGUGGCCAUGUCCUCUAUGGCGUUUGUUCCCGGCUACGCCAUCUACAAGUUUUUCAGCAUGAAAGGAACAUUCAAAGAGAGGAUAGCCUAUUGCAUCACACCUGAACAUGAACAUCAUCUGGUGGCUGAGGGCAAUGUGCGGCAGUUUAAACUGAAACACUGGUUGGCCAUCUGA